CAGGUUCUAGGUAGCUAUCGCUUCGAGUAAACAUGCAGAAGUGUUUUGAACUGUCCAGGAGAGAUAUAUUGGCUUAAUUUUUUCCCCCCGGACGCUUAGAAGAAUACGUCAACGGAUUUAAAGUUAUAAAGACGGAUACCUUUAGUGCAAGAAAUGGGUUUGUAAUGUACACGUUAGUUUGUUAGUUAGUUACUUAUUUUCUUUUUAACCUGUUAGCUAACGUUAGCAGCAAGGAUAGGACGGUACACUUGUCUCAUCUGCUUAUGCUAAAAGUAAACUAACUUGUUUUGUAGGUAACCCGAUAUUACAAAAAUACUACCAUUUAAACAUGGAAUCUGUCUUAUACAUUCAUAAGUCAAGAUAAUGUCAGCGAUAGCCUCAUUUAAACCUGAAUGAAACUUGUUUUAAACAUAUAUUUAUUGAUAGUUGAAGGUGCUAGAGUAAAGCUGGACAGUCACAUCCAUAUAGUGUAACAUAAAUAAUGCCUUGAAAGUGCACUUCUUUUGUAGGACUUUGUAUAAGUAAAUAGUAAGUUUGUAAGCUUUUCACCAUGGCAAGUGCCUUAGCAGCAAAAAUGGGAUUCAACUCAUUGUUAAGAAAACAAGCCAAGAACUUCAACGUCAGGAUCUGCACAAUGGAGUCAGACAUGGAGUUCAGCUGCGAGGUCAAGUGGAAAGGGAAAGACCUUUUUGACUUUGUGUGUCGAACUCUGGGGCUGAGGGAGACGUGGUUUUUUGGACUCCGGUACGACAUCAAGGACACUGUUGCUUGGCUGAAGAUGGAAAAGAGGGUUCUGGAUCAGGAGGUACCGAAGGAAGAACCAAUCACUCUUUACUUCCUGGCCAAGUUUUACCCUGAAAAUGCUGAGGAGGAGCUCGUGCAGGAUAUCACACAGCAUCUCUUCUUCCUACAGGUGAAGAAGAACAUCCUGGAGGAGGAGAUUCACUGUCCUCCUGAAGCCUCCGUGCUGCUGGCCUCAUACGCCGUCCAUGCCAAGGUAAGCCGGGACGGCUCCGCUCUGAGGGGGGAAGUCGACCUCUUGACGGUGAUUUUUGUCACUAAAAGCUUGACUCUGAAGUACUAUGCAAAGAAAAUCCUUUACUUCCUGAGACAACAGAACAUCCUGAGGAGUUUGAAGACUUUCCUGGAGCAGCCUGCAGAGCAGCAGUCAGCUUUAGAAGGUGCCAUACUGGUGGAUCAGUAUUGUAACCCUCUGGCUGAGGUCACACUGAACAGCGUAUCAGCACAACUGGAUGAGAUUGCAGAAAAAGUGAGGAAGAUGCUGAAAAUCAAGAACUCCUCUCACCCCAGCCUGCGCAUCGCUCAAGGAGACUGUUUUGUCGUGGAGGACUUUGAGCUCCAGAGGCAGGUGGUGUGUGCUCUAAACUCUGUCCUGUACGAGCAGCUUCAAUACAAAGGCAACGAGUCUGACUACUACAACCCUCUCAACUCUUACAUCCACCAGGUGCUACUACGCCGUACAGGUAUUCCCAUAAGCCUCUCGGUCCUCUACAUGACGUUAGCCCAUAAACUGGGGGUUCAGGUGGAACCUGUCAACUUCCCCAAUCAUUUUCUGCUGCGCUGGUGCCAAAAACAAAGAGGGAGCGAGGACAUCUAUGACUAUGUCUACAUUGAUGCCUUUGGUAAAGGCAAACAGCUGACAGCCAAGGAGUGUGAGUACCUGAUUGGCCACCAGGUGACGGCAGAUUACUACAGUGCCAUCAGCACCACGGAGGUUCUGCUGAGGAUGGUGGGGAACCUGCUCAACAUCGGCAAGAGAGGGGAGGGCAAUGAGAAAUCCUACCAGCUGCUGAGAGACUCUCUUGACCUUUACCUCACUAUCAACCCAGACAAUGUGCAGUACCUGCUGCUGCAGGCACGCCUCUACUUCCACCUGGGCAUCUGGCCAGAAAAGGUGCUCGACAUCCUGCAGCACAUCCAGGCGUUGGACCCCUCCCAGCACGGGGCAGUGGGCUACCUGGUGCAGCACACGCUGGAGCACAUCCAGCACAAGAAACAUCCUGCUACACCCGAGGUGAAGAAGCGCAGCGCUGCAGAACACGUGGAGGUCCAGUAUUCAGUCGGCCUCAUCAUGAAACACAAGAGGUCGGGAUAUAACUGUGUGAUCUACGGCUGGGACCCAAAGUGCACCAUGAGUCAGGAGUGGAUCACCACCAUGAGGGUCCACCAGCUGUCCAGCGGGGCCAACCAGCCCUUCUACAACGUCCUCGUACAGGACGGUACUUGUCGCUACGCAGCGCAGGGUAAGAACAAUCCAAAUCAGUCAGUUCCACGUUAUGUCUAAUCUUGCAAUAAGGUGAUGCAAGAAUCUUUUUUUAACACAAGCAUAUUUAUAUACACAUAGUAUUGUUGGUAUUUUGGGAGAAUAUGUCGGUAACACUGUCUAAGCUCUACUAAUGAAAUAUAAUCUGCUUGUAGAUCUGUAUAAUUAUAGUUAUGAGGUGAAGUUAUAAUUAUGAGUGCUUCUGGAUAUUCAUUAUGCUUUUAAACAGCAAUCAUAACACAUUACAUAGCAUUUUAAAAUAACUCAAAAGGUAAAGUACCUCAUAGUUGCGGUUAGUAACGGACAUUGAUGGACUUACAUUUCAGAUGAUUUAUUUAUUAUAAGCAGCUCUAAUGUAUUAUCUGCUUAAAACAUCAGAAUGUGUAUGAAUUUACCCUAAAGCACAUUAUGACCUCUAAGCUUCAUUUGUAAAAACAUUUGAUCUGUGAUAAUACUAAUGCAGUAUAAGGAUUGUGACUUUUUUUUUAAAGCUUCAUUCUGUUUAGAGCAAUAUGGAUAUGAAUGAGUGAUUAACACUUCCAAACUUCUACAGAGCUGUAAGCAAUCUAUAAUAUAAUAUAUGUUCUUAUGAAUAAUUGAAUUAUUUUAGACAUGGAAGUCAAGCGAUCAAUGCAGCAGCUUCAUUUCAUAUUAAAUAAGAAGUGUCUCUUUAAUUCCAUUUUAAAGAAAUGUUAUAUAAUUGCAAUGAACAAUAAUAUAUGUUAUCAUCUAAAAACAGAUACAAAAUAAUUUCUCAAUUCUAGUGAAAAGCCAAGAGGAAGUCAGCAGCAAAACAAUGUAACACUUUAAGUUUUCAUAGAAGCAUAUAAACAAACCAGUGAAUGAGGAAAUAAAGCUCUUAUAAUCUAACUGAAGGUGGGACAAAUACAUUCAGUAUUUAUUUACCCUUUGAUAAAUGCCAUGUAAACCUCACUCCUUUUUACGAGACCUUUGUAGCAUCUGAAACUGACCUACAUUUUAACCCCACUUAAAUACAUUAGGCUGAUUUAUAUGUAUUUCCUAAUACUACUUCCUUGUACUUAACUGCUCACUCUGCUGAUGCUGCCAAUACUACACAGCUCCAUUGUUUGUACCUGUUAUCUUUGCCCUCUCAGACACCUUAAAAUGCACCUGCAUACUGUCCCUGCACACCCUGAGGGAGCUUUGUAUUGAUCAGUCCCGUUGCUCUCAUGUACUGCUGCAGGAAGACAAGAUUCAAGGCUUUUAUUGUCAUUUCUACAUAGCUA